AUGUUCACCUCCAUGUCAUCAGAAGAAACCUUGCGUUUCUUGGAGCAUUUAUCGAAGAAUUCAGCAAAACUAAGGGAACAUCUCAAAGUUAUUCUGAUUUCUGCGUCGAAUACUUGGGGAUUGUUCCUUCUUGUUGUUCUUUUGGGUUACGGUUUGGUCGAACUUCCCCGCAGUUUGUGGCAGAGAGGGAAAAGAGAUUAUCUUCUCAACAAAACCUAUUUCAAUCUCGAUAAAAUGUCCGGCGACAAGAGUGAAGCGGAAGAAGGCAUAAAGGAGACCUACAGAGAGGCCCGCGCAGUUCUAAACCUUCUCAAGAACGAACAUGGAUCGCGAGAGAAAGCACAAAUCAUUGUUUCAGAAUUCCCUGAGGAGGUGAUCGACGAGAUGUUCCCUGCUCGGAACGCUACGGAGUUUAGUAGUCUCAACGCUGCUGAUUUACGAUCUGUAAAUUCUGAAAAGUAUUUGAUUCGGCUUCACAAGCGAGUCAUUUCAGCAGUUCAGUAUCAUCACAGAACUGCGGCCCAAUGGAGUUCUCUCAUGAAACAAGCGUUACAUCUGGAGGAUAUAUCCCAAGCUGAGUUUUCCGGUGUUUUGGGAGGAGACACUUGCUCUGCUCUACCAGAGAGUUUGCGCUACUUCUGGCUCGUCACUGCUCAGAAACCUAUGUGCAUUAUGCUUGCCAUCUUGCUAACUGGGAUGACCAUCAUGAUCUUGAUCAGUGAAUGUACGUUCUUCAUUGUGAAUCCGACGUUGACACCUGCUGGCAUCAUUGUUGACUACACCGCAAGGCGUUUCCACUACAAAUACACGCAGAUAGUGGCGGUUGCUAUAAUUUGCUACUUGUGCGCAUGUGCUUAUUUCACUGUUUUCCGACUGAAAAUUUACCAGUAUUAUCACUUGGAUCCAAACAAGCACACGGAUGGAAAUAGCUUACUAUUCAGUGCAAUCUUACUUUGUCGCUUAACUCCUCCACUUUGUUUGAAUUUCCUUGGAAUGAUUCACUUGGAUUCACAUAUAACGAGAGUCAAGGACAUUGGUGUAGAAACUCAGUUUACGAAGCUUAUGGGACACCUUGAUGUCAUUCCUAUAUUAGCAAAGGGAAUCAACAUAUAUCUCCCAAUAUGUAUUCUUAUUCUUUGCGCAGUCACAUAUUACAAGCUUGGCUCGAUCGUUCUGCACAACUUGGGAUUCGAUCAGUUUGUGAUGUCGGAUGAGUUCACCCAAGACAUGGUUUCUGCUGGUCGUUCACUUGUGCAGUUGGAACGCAGCUCCUUCAAUAGACAAAAGGAGCGCCAACGAAGAGAGGAGGAAUGGUCUGGUCGAUUGGAUUGUUUCUGUUCAGGAACGCGUCCCUGUGAUCGUGUUGUGUUUGUCGUUUGGGAAUUUGUGUAUAGACCGUCAGCAUAUGUACAAAUGAUUGAUCAAAUGAUUGGUUCUCGAACUCGGCCGUGGAAUCCUGAGAGGACACCAAUACGUCCGAAGCAGAUGCUGACAUUGCCCGAAAUGACCCGAGAAGAGCUGAUGAUUUCGCGAGCAAUGGAAAAUUGUGCAGUCAAAUCCGCAAUAGCUGGAGUUCUCGGCGCUGCUGUCGGUGUUGCUUUCGGUCUGUUCACUGCAUCCGUUGAUCCUUCUUUGAGUAUGGUUGGCAAUGAUCCCACAAAACAGCUGACUAUAAAGGAAACAUGGAAGGAAAUGAGCUCAAGAAUGAAGUCAUACGGGAAGAACUUUGCUACACUUGGAUUUUUGUUUUCUGGCACUGAAUGCAUACUGGAAACUGUACGUGCGAAGAGUGACUGGAGAAACGGAACAUACUCUGGAGCAAUCGUUGGAGCCCUUUUCGGUCUACGUGCUGGUAUAAAACCUGCUAUGUGGGGUGCUGCCGGCUUCGCUGCAUUCUCGACUGUCAUCGACUAUUAUAUGAAAGGAUUUUGAUUUCUUUGCAGUUUUUGUUACUUCUGAAGAUUGUUAUUUAUUGUUAUACACUACUUUGACUUAGAGAAUUCAAUCUACGGGUACAUAGCAAGGAGUGUUAGAGUCUGUCAAAAGCUAUGAUAUUGUGAAAGAGUAAU